UCACUCUCGUAUGAUUGUCAGAUCUGGAUAAGUGCGCCGCUGGACUGUACAGCUGUCACGCUUUUGCCUGAUGCCGCAACACGAUUGGCUCGUACACUUGUCACUGCAACAGAGGUCACCUUGGCAACGGACAGACCUGCUCAGAUAUUGAUGAAUGCGGUGGAGGGUCACAUGGUUGCCAUAGUAACGCUAUCUGCAUCAACACACCGGGCUUGUGUCUACCUGUUUGCCUCUUCGUCUGUCUGUUAUAAGCCUGACGGUUUCUGAAUAUUGUGUUUACAUUCCCUUAUCAGCUUCCUCGUGCAGCGCUAUCAAAAGCGUGUAUCGUCUCUCGCACAGCGGCACUUACACCAUCGACCCUGAUGGUCCAGGAGGUCAACCAGCAUUUAACGCGUACUGUUACAUGAGCGCCAAGGGAGGGAUGGGGGUGACGGUGAUCAGCCACAAUAGUGAGUCUCGCACCUACGUCCAUGACGGCGUCCAGGUUCCCGGAUCAUACUCUCGUCAAGUUAGUUACUACAAUGCAAACUGGAAUCAACUGGAGAAGCUCACAGAUGUCUCCACCCACUGCGAGCAGUACAUACAGUGGGAGUGCCACGAGACGAUGUUCCUUGGACAUGGGUACGCAUGGUGGGUGUCACGUGAUAACGUCAGGAUGAAUUACUGGGGAGGUGCUAUACCUGGGAGCAACCAGUGCGCAUGCGGUAUGACGUCAUCGUGUGCUUACUCGGGUAACGCCUGUAACUGGAAUGAUAUGAGAUGGCGUAGUGACGGAGGCCUUCUGACCGACAAGGCGUCUCUCCCUGUGCGCGAGAUGAGGUUUGGGGAUUUUGACAGCUCUAAUGAGCACGGUUAUCGCACCCCUGGUAAGCUGAAGUGCUUUGGGAUAUCCCAGUCUGGGAUAGCGGUGUAAUCGGCUGAUAAUGAGGUUACGAAACAAACAACAAAAUGUGUGUUAUGCCUAGUGCAGACUAGCGACAUAACAACAUGGGCGCGCGCACUCUCAUCUUCGACAUAACGAC